UUCUUGCUGCUCACACAGGGGAGUGAAGGUGACGCGUCAACAAACUUGUGGCCUGUUCGAGUUGAAAGUGGCUGUGUACAGACAUCACCGCUUUCCAGCGCCUCAGGCCGCACAGGACUGGAGUUUUGAAGCCGCAGCCCUGACCCUCACUACCGUGUCCGCCUUCACCGACAGGAACUCGCCGCCUCACAGGGGAUUAAAGGCUUCCUCAGCCAGCAAUGCUCACAUUUCUUCUUUUUUUUUCUUAAAGCACAACGAGAAGCGUUUUCACCUGUCCUGUAAUUAUGGUCUGUGAGUCCUGGCAAACAAGCGUCAAGCGAUUUUAAUCAGGUUUAAAGCUCGAGCUAACGCGGCUAACUAGCACAAAGCUGUCAAAACUCUGCAGUUACCCAAACAAACAGCUAGCAUAGCACAGCACAGCACAGUGGAGCUUAGCUUAGCUUCGCUCGGAAAAGACAAGCUUGCAAGACUCAGUCGAAAAUUAUUCAUCAUGAGAUGUCAGUAAACUCAGAAUACAGAGCCAGUGCUGAGGGUCUGGAUCCGAACCCUGCUCCAGUGCAGCAGCACCUCAGCCAUGACCGCUCUGCUCAUCGCCCUUCUGCUCUUUCUCUCCGUGGGAGCUCUGGGCAUCUUAAUCUGCAGGUGGCUCCUCUGCAGGCUGGCGGUGCGAUUCUUUCACAAUGUCCUCAAAGCAGAGUUGAAAAUUAAAUCGUUGGGCCUCCUUUCACUCCGAGGAGUCAGUGUACAGUUCUUGUCUCAGCACACACUGGAAAUAGACAGAAUAUGGCUUUCAAGCAAAUUAUUCAACCAGGACUUGCCGAGAUACUUGGCACUGUGUGUGGGUGAAACUCGGGUACGGAUUGACCUGCAGGAGCCUCUCAGGCCACAAGUAACCCAGAAUCCUGAUGGAAGUCCCACCAAGUCACCGCUUAGUCCUUCAGUGCUGCGCUUUCUCUCCCAGCUGCUGUCGCUCCACGUUGGCUCUUUGAAUGUGAUGGUGCUGAACUUGCUACUGCCGGAGUCCCUCUGGCACAUGACGAGCACAGCCAUCACUCUACUGCUCAAUCACCAGUGCAAGAGGUUGGCCUGGGACAUGACUGUGGGACAGAUCAGCAGUAAAGUUUUAAAAAGCAGCAGGCUGGACACGUGUCUGGCGGAGGUGUCUCUGGGCCUGGCUAUGAGUGGCAACGUGAGCCUGCCUGACUUGCGCCCGGGGCAGCUGGCACUCAGCGUGAGGACUCUGCUGGCAGAACUGCACGAGGGGCUUUUCCACUCUCAGCUGCUGCUUCCGAAAGGAACCUGUACUCCAGAGACCGAUAUGUCUUCACCAGAACACACAGAAGAUCAGUAUAUCCAGAUGGAAACAGUAGAGAAGAUUCACCAGAUGAUUCCCCAGAAAGUCAGUGUGGAGUUUGAGAACACUAACAUUACCCUCUCUAUGCACAGCCAGAAGAGGCACCUGAACUGGACACUGAAAUCUUUAAAGCUUGACUAUGACUGUGAUGAGGAGCAGCUUCCCCUGAAAGGGUUCGUUCCUGAGCUUAAAUUCCCCCACAGCCAUUUAGAGCUCCUGCUGGAGGAUGGCCUUCUUCUCUCACAAAGCCGGCAGCGGAUUAUAUGUCUCACUUCACUAAAAACUGCGCUGCAGGUGACCUCAGCGGAUAUCUGUGGCUCCGUGACGGUCAGCACAUGCAUUAUUCACUACCGCCAGCAGGAGUUCUCCCACUGGCUCGACUUGUUCUCAUGGGAGCAGCUUAUUCAUAGGAAGGCAGCACACAGAAAAAAGCGCCUCCCUCUCCUGGAUGUCCCUGUGAGAUUCAGCUCUACUGUGUCAAAUGUUAAUGUGUCUAUUCAGCUGGGAGACACUCCACCCUUUGCUCUGGGUUUCAUUUCUGUCAGUGCAGAACUGCAGCACUCUGUGGACUCCGUUAAACAAGAUGAAAACCUGACCGUGUCCCUGGACCAUUUCUGGUGGAGAGUGGGCCAAGGCUCUCACAUCCAGCAAGCUCCUCAUCCACCAGGCAAACAUGUGUGGGGAGAGGCACUCAUCAUAGACUCCUUCACACUGCAGGGCAGCUUCAGUACUUCCCACAGUGUGGACUCCAGUUCCUCAGCCAGCGUCUGUGUGGAGUCCAGUUUGCAGGGCCUGCAGUUGGAGCUGUCGGAGACCUGUGCUCUGUGCCUCUCUCGUCUGUUCUCCGUCCUUAAGCUGGGCCAAGCUCAGGAUUCACUCACUCCAGCAGGAGAGUCAGCAUCUCGCUUGCCUCUAGUUUUGAAACUUCAGCUCAACUUGCAGGAUGUCAACAUGUUCACGCUCUCGAAUGUAGCAGGAGCCGUGGUGUUUCGGGUGGAUGAAGUAGGAGCCAACAGCUCUGCCGAGAGCUCGCAAGUAUUAGUACACGGUGUGGCUUUGUCUGUACUGAAAUCACUCAGCGAGAGCACGGAGCCAUGCUGCCCUUCGGACCAGGCCUGCAGCCCUGUUCUCAGUCUCAGCAGCCUCACUGUGGCCUACCAGAACAGCAGCCACACCCUGGAGAUGCAGAGUGAAAAUGCCCUGGCCCUGCAGUGGACGCCGUCUGAUCACAUGUUUCUGUAUCAGCACGUGUGUGAAAGUCGAGGCUGCUGGAGCACACUGUGUGCAGUGCUGGGCAUAAAGCAGAAAGAAGUUCCCUUACCCUCUCCACCCUCUUCUGCUAUAAGAAGCCUCAACGUGCACUUUGUUCUGGCUAACACCCAGCUCACCGCACAUGUCACGGAGAAGAACUUCAUUGUUUUGCGUGCUGAAGCUCUGUCAGUUUCCAAGCAGCCAGGAGCCACUCACCUCAAGUCUCUUCAGGUGGUGCUUAACUUCGAUGGCAAUGACAUUUUUACGUUUUCUGAGCCAGAGGUAAACAUGCUCGAUAAUUCAGAUGAGCUACAGCAGUACCGCAGUCGCUUCCCGUUCCUGUCAACGUCCCACAACCGUGCUUGGCUCUUUUCCUUCCCUGUGCUCGCUGUGGAAUUCCCAUACCAGUACAACUUUUCCAGCACUUUUGACAAGACUGUGAGUGCCCAGAAAUGGCUCAAGAGCCUCCACAGAACUGGUUCCACCGAGCCUGAGCACCUUCCUCCAGAUCUCCUCUUCAACGUAGGCCAGUUCUCCUUUGUCUUUCUGGACGACGUGUUCGAGAUCAAACUGCGUGACAACUAUGAGUUGAUGAAAGAUGAGAGCAAGGAGAGUGCUAAACGCUUGCAGCUACUUGACCGCAAAGUAGCUGAGCUGCGCAGGAUGCACGGUGAACUGCUACCAGCGCGCAAGAUCGAGGAGCUGUAUGCCUCACUGGAGCGCAAGCACAUCGAAAUCUACAUCCAGCGCUCACACCGCCUCUACGCCAGCACCCCGAUGCGCAAGGCACUGCUCACGUGGACUAUGGCAAAAUUGGAGCUGGUGGCAUUGGCUGAUCACUCGCUGCAUGGGCAUGAACAUAUGCUUGAGCUGCUCUGUGAGAUCGACAGUGUCAGUCCCUUUCCCAGAGAAGGAUUGCCUCUGGUGGUGCAGUGGUGCCGCGCUGUCUCGUUCAAGAUUAGCGCGUUCUUGGUGAGGAUCCGAGAUUACCCACGAUACCUAUUUGAGAUUAGGGAUUGGGAGCUGUCAGGGCGUCUUAUAGGGACAGAGCAGGAUGGACAGGUGCGUGGACGGCGCAGGGAGGUGAUCCAACUUGGCCAACCUUGGGGAGACGUGACUGUUUACCGGAACAUGCCUCCUCUCAAAUUCUACUAUGAUGUCACCUCAAACAUAUCACUUUAUACAAUUGUAUGGGGGCCGUGCUGGGACCCAGCGUGGACUCUGAUUGGCCAGGCAGUGGAUUUAUUGACCAAGCCCACUGCUGACCCCUCUCCUCUUCUGGCCUGGUGGGAUAAAAGCAGGCUGCUCUUGCAUGGACGUUGGUGCAUGGACAUUGAACAAGCCAACCUGCACCAGCUUGCCACUGAGGACCCUUAUAACACUACAGAAAACAUGCACUGGGAGUGGAGCAAGCUCAGUUUUGACUGGAACCCUGGACAGUUUGUCUUUAACGGUGACUUGGAUGUCAAUGUCAGGACCGCCUCAAAAUAUGAUGAUAUCUGCUUCCUGCACCUUCCCAACCUGUGUAUGACCCUGGAUCUGCAGUGGCUUUGCCAUGGCAACCCACAUGACCACCACUCGGUUAUGUUGUGCAGUGCUGACAGCGUGGCUGACGUCACCUCGGGACAACCGCACGAUUCCUACAGGGCCUUCCGCUCAGAAAACCUCAACCUCUCCAUCACUAUGGAACUUAACCAGAACAGCAGCACAGAGCCCUGUCAGCCUCGAAUACUCCUGUAUAGCAGCACUUUGCGUUGGAUGCAGAACUUCUGGGCCACAUGGACCAGUGUGUCACGACCCAUCUGCAGAGGAAAACUCUUCCACAGCAUCCGACCCUCCCGAAAGAAGCUCGGCCAGCACUACAAACAGCUGUCCUACACAGCUUCGUUUCCCCAACUGCAGGUUCAUUAUUGGGCAUCUUUUGCUCAGCAGAGGGGAAUUCAGCUGGAGUGCAGUAAGGGUCAUAUCUUCACCAGAGGAGCACAGAGGCUGAUACCGCAGGCGGGCACAGUGAUGAGGAGGCUGAUCUCAGAGUGGAACGUGACUCAGAUGGUGAGCGAUUUGUCCUUUGUCACCGUUCACCUCAUGUCCUCCAGUUCAGACGAGACGGCCGACCACCAGAUCAACGCACAGGUGAAGAAGACCCAUUUACUCAGUCUGUCUUCACUCAGCUAUCAGAGACAAAGCAACCGCGUGGAGGAGGAAGUCAGUUCAAAGGACGAGUGCAACGCCUCCUAUACGCACAAGUUGUGUUUGGUGGAUCUGCGUGCCUCAUGGACUCCCACCAACAGGAACAUUGCUUUCGGUCUGUAUGAUGGUUACAAGAAGGCAGCCGUACUGAAGAGGAACCUGUCCACAGAGGCACUGAAGGGCCUGCGGAUCGACACGCAACUUCAAGCUAAGAAGCUUAAACGCUCCAUGUCCACUUACACCCCUAACGCUGCUCCUUCCACCCCUGUUGUGCCUACUGCCAGUCGCACAGAGAAGAGCCAGAAUGAAGGCACGUCCAUGCUGCAGAAGCUGAUUGAGGAGACCGAUAAGUUUGUGGUGUUUUCUGAAGAGGAUGCUGGAGUGAGCGACCAGCUGAGCGGAAUCGCCGCGUGCCAAACAGACGAUGUAUACAACCAUAACUGGUGCAUUGAGCUCGUUAACUGUCAGAUGAUGCUGAGAGGCACUGAGACAGCAGGGUGUGUGCUCGUUUCAGCUGCAAAGGCUCAGCUGCUGCAGUGUGAGCAUCAUCCAGCUUGGUACAAUGAUACGCUGAAGCAGAAGACCACUUGGGCCUGCUCACUGGACUGUAUGCAGUAUUUUGCCACCAUGGAGCCCAAUCCUUCAGAACAGGAGGAUGGACAACUGUGGCUUGAGGUGAAAAACAUUGAGGAGCACAGGCAACGGACCCUGGACUCUGUGCAGGAGCUGAUGGAGAGUGGGCAGGCUGUGGGCGGCAUGGUCAGCACUACCACAGACUGGAACCAGCCGUCACAUGUGCAGGAGACUCAGCAGGUCCAGCGCAUCAUCUCACGUUGCAGCUGCCGCAUGUACUACAUCGGCUACAGUCAUGAUAUUGACCCAGAGCUAGCUACACAGAUCAAACCUCCAGAAAUACGUGACCGCCAUGAAAAAGAGGACCUGCUGAAGAAGCAGGCUGGUGCAGUAGACACCUUCACUCUUAUUCAUAAUGAUCUGGAGAUCUCCACCAACCCAGUGCAGUACGCCAUGAUUCUGGACAUCGUCAACAACCUUCUGCUACAUGUGGAACCCAGACGCAAGGAGCACAGUGAAAAGAAGCAGCGUGUGCGCUUCCAGCUGGAGAUCUCCAGCAAUCCUGAAGAGCAACGCAGCAGCAUUCUGCACCUACAGGAAGCCGUUCGCCAGCAUGUGGCCCAGAUCCGUCGACUGGAGAAGCAGAUCUACUCCAACAUAAGGUCCCAGCCUGAGGAACUAAGAGGAGAUGAGCUGUCGGACAUCAAUCUGCGCCUGCAGAACCAGCUCAAUCAAGAGAAGACAGACCUGCAAAUGAAGAGUGAGGAGCUCAACAUCCUCAUCAGAUGUUUUAAGGACUUCCAGCUGCAGCGAGCGAAUAAGCUGGAACUGCGAAAACCUCCAGAAGAUGUGAGUGUGGUGCGUCGUACUGAAAUUUAUUUUGCUCAGGCACGCUGGUGUCUCACAGAGGAGGAUGGCCAGCUGGGCAUCGCUGAGCUCGAGCUGCAGAGGUUCAUGUACAGCAAGCUGAACAAAUCUGAUGACACAGCAGAACAUCUUUUGGAACUUGGCUGGUUUACGAUGAAUAACCUGCUUCCCAAUGCUGCUUACAAGGUGGUGUUGCGUCCACAGAGCCCCUGCCAAUCAGGACGACAGCUUGCCCUCCGCAUCUUCAGCAAAGUUCGUCCUCCUGUGGGCGGGAUUUCUGUCAAAGAGCAUUUUGAGGUCAAUGUGGUUCCACUUACCAUCCAGCUGAUGUACCACUUCUUUAAGAGAAUGAUGGGAUUUUUCUUCCCUGGAAGAAAUGUUGAGGAGGAGGAAGUUGGAGACGAGGAGGAUAAGUUACGAAUGGUGACCACAGGUGUUGUAAAACCGAGGCAGCUAUCAGAGGACUCUAUAGGGAGCCUGGGCCCCAGUAAAGGAGUCACGCAGGGGAUGAAUCGCACAUCAGGGGUCCGGAGGUCAUUCCGCAAACCACCGGAGCAUCCUAUAGAUGACAUUGACAAAAUGAAAGAGAGAGCUGCAAUGAACAACUCGUUCAUCUACAUAAAAAUCCCUCAGGUUCCUCUUUGUGUCAGCUACAAGGGUGAAAAGAGCAGUGUUGACUGGAAGGAUCUGAACCUGGUGCUGCCCUGUUUAGAGUAUCACAACAACACCUGGACAUGGCUGGAUUUUGCCAUGGCUGUGAAAAGAGACAGUCGAAAAGCUCUGGUUGCUCAGAUGAUCAAAGAGAAGCUGCGUCUGAAGCCUGCCUCAGCCUCGGAGUCUCGGGGAAAGGCAGCAGAAGGAAAGGCUGACAGCGGCCUGCAGCAGCAGAUGGAGGAUGAGAAGGCCCGGCUGCUGAUUGGCCUCAGCACCACAGACAAGAGCUCCAGCAAGAAGAUCUUCAGCCGCCACAAGUGAUUCCUUUCUAAUGACACGACACUGUGGAGAGAUUAAACUCACCUGAGUCUCAUAUGUCUCUGCUUCCUUUAGUCUAGUGGACCACGAUGGAGAGCCGAACAAAGCUUUUUGCUUCGAGUAAUCUUCAAAUAACGUAACCGAGACUCUCCUCUCACUUUUACAUGUCCAUGCUGGCUGUGGAUGUCUGAUGGCCUGAGAAGAAGUCCUCAUGUCUUCAGUGAUGGUGUUAAGGGCAGAAGGAUCGUCAUCCUGCUGUCCAUGAGGAGCAUCGUCUCCUUUUAGGGAUCAAUGUUAAAUUCUCACACACUUGUUUUUGUCGUAAGUGUUUCAUGUUUCCUUGUAGUUCACUGCACUACACGCUCUUCACUCAUCAGGAUAGCCAUUUUAGCAAACCAUCAGGUGUUUAAGAUGUUCGAGUCGUGAUCAUUUCAGGAGAAAAAGUAUCAAACACACGGAGUCGUUGUGUUUUUUAAUGACUGCCGACUGCAGGGUCUCUGCAGGGUCUCCUGCUGGCACGGGAGACCCUGCAGAGUUGAAGGGAAAGUACUGCACCCGUUUUAUGCACCUUGGAAAAGUAAAAGGGAUCAGAAAUGGGUUUCACUCCAGAGGUAUACUGUACGCAAUCUGUAGUAUUUAACAUGUGCUAAAAUGCAUUUACAUUGACUUACCCAAUGCCUUGACCACUUAAGAAGUUGCACUCUCACUGUAAAGGCCCUAAAGAAUUUAUUCUUUAAGCUCACUAUGUAACUGUAAUUGCAGAAAGUAGCAGAUAUUUAAUAUUAUAUUGUUGGUCUAAGAUUUACUGUACUAAUAUUUGUGCAAUAUCUUGACACAAAGUAGACUGAAUAUCUGUUGAUCGAUUUAAUCAUUUUAUGAUCUUGAUAUUCAUUGGGAGCUUUUUGUUUGUAAUAUUUGGAGCAUUCUUGAUCAUUUGAAUUCUAUGACAGCUUUUGUUGUUUGGUGUCCUUUCAGUUCUCGUUAUGCUGCUGGGUAAUUAUUAUUUUUUCCCCAGUUUUGGAUAAGAAUAAAUUGCAGUUAUUUCA